AUGGCUGAUGAAAAGAAAAAUAAGAGUUUUGGAUCAGGGAAGAAAACUUCUAGUUCUUACACACUGAAUUCGAAUGACAACCCAGAUGACUCACUGGAACUCGAAGAUUGGUGGACGGUUAACUCUAUGCUGGUUUCUUGGGUGUUUAACACCAUUGAACCGAUGCUUCGCUCGACCAUCUCUCACAUGGAGAACAUAAAGGAUCUGUGGGAGGAUAUUAAAAAGAGGUUCUCGAUUGGGAAUGGUCCACGAAUGCAGCAACUGAGAUCGAAUCUGGUGAAUUGUAGACAGGAAGGUCAACCGAUCGUGUUUUGUUUUGGAAGACUCAAAACGUUAUGGGAUGAAAUAAACAACUAUGAUCAGAUACCAGUGUGUAUCUGUGCAGGCUGCAGAUGCAAUCUUACCAUUGAAUUGGAAAGAAAGCGUGAAGAAGAGAGAGUUCAUCAGUUUUUGAUGGGCUUGGAUGAAGAAGGAUGCGGAACAAUGAGCUCUAAUAUUUUGAGCACUGAACCCUUGCCCAAUUUGAAUUGUGCCUAUGCUAUGGUUGUUCAACAAGAGCGGGUGCAAACUAUGACACGAACCAAGGAAGAAAGAGGUAAUCCUAUGAGUUUUGCAAUUCGAGCAGGUAGUAGAAAUUCAGGGGGAGAUAAAGACAAAUCCUCAAUUUGUUCUAAUUGCAACCGAGAGGGACAUGAUGGUGAAAGUUGUUUCCAGCUGAUAGGUUAUCCAGAAUGGUGGGGUAAUAGACCACGUGGAACUUCUGCUGGACGAGGAGGUAGUCAAAAGCGUGGCAAUGGAGCAGGACGUAGCAAGGGAGGAGUUGCUCAUGCCAACGCCACACAAGCAAUUGGAGUUGAUGGUGGGCGUGGAAUUGUGAUAGAUUCAGAUCGAAAGGGUCUUAGUGGAUUAAAUGAAGAGCAGUGGGCUGCUUUGCUAGGCAUGUUGAAUUCUUGUCAGAAUGGUGGCAAUGAGAGGCUGACAGGUAUGCAGAGGAUAUUUCCUUGGAUUAUUGACACAGGAGCUUCCCAUCAUAUGACAGGAAUGUUGGCAUUUUUGAGUGAAUUGCGUGAUAUUGACCUAAAUUCGAGGAACCUGAUUGGAGCGGGUGAGCAACACAAUGGGCUGUACUUUCUCAAGGGAGUGACAUCGGUACAUGCUUGCAAGACUUCCUGUGUAGGAAUACCUCAACAAAAUGGCCGAGUGAAAAGAAAAUAUCGCUAUAUUCUUAAUAUGGCAAGAGCUUUGCAUUUCCAAGCAAAUUUACCCAUAGAAUUUUGGGGAGAAUGUGUACUUGCAGCCAGGUAUUUGAUUAAUAGGACUCCAUCUAUGUUAUUAAAUGGUAAAACCCCAUAUGAGAUGCUCUUUGGGAAAGUACCUUCUUACAAACACGUUCGGAUUUUCGAUUGUUUGUGCUAUGCGCAUAAUCUAAAUCGAGAUAAAGAUAAAUUUGGUAGUAGAAGUCGUAGGUGUAUUUUUGUUGGGUAUCCAUUUGAAAAGAAGGGAUGGAGAUUGUAUGAUUUUGAAACUAAAGAAUACUUUGUAUCAAGAGACGUGGUAUUCGUUGAAACAGAAUUUCCAUAUGCAAAUGAGAAAACAAUGGGUGAUAAACUCAUUAAAAAUGGAGUUGAGGAGUUGGGUGAUGAAGUUGAUGGUUUAGAGAACAACUUGGGAAAGAAGCACGAUGAAAGUGUGGGUAGAGAAAGUGAGGUGAAUCCUGAAAUGGGAGAAUUGAUCCAUGAAAACAGUGAGGGAGUGGAUAGAGGUGAAGUUGUUAAAGGGCAACUAGAUAGGGGACAAAGGGCCAAGCAACCUAGUGAUCGUUUGAAGGAUUAUGUGACAAACGCCAUCAAAACAAGCCCCUUGGUAUGCUUACCUUACCAAUCUGAUUCCUCAGGUACGCCUUACUCUAUAACACAUUAUGUGGGUUAUGAUAAAUUCUCUGCACAACAACGAUGUUUAUUGGUAGCCAUUACUACAGGACAUAAACCAAGCUCUUAUGCAGAAGCAAUUAAGGAUGAACGGUGGAGAGCGGCUAUGAGAAAAGAAAUACAGGCUUUGGAGGAUAAUGGUACAUGGACAGUUGAAAAUCUGCCAUUUGGGAAGAAAGCAAUAGGAAACAAGUAG